GCCUGUCGGAAGGUUGUCACUAGCAUCGCCUCCCGGAAAAUACUUUUCAGGAGUUUUUUGUGAAAAGAAAAAGGGGAAUAUCAGACUAGAAAGUAUUAAAGAGCCUUAUUCAAGAACAUUCAAAUUAUGGAGAAAUGCGAUAUUCACGUGUAAUGUUUUAGAAACCCGAAGAGAAAUAUUAAGAAUAAGAAGGUGAAUGUGAAGACGCCUCGCAUGCCGGAAAAGUAAUAUCAUUUUUAUUUCCAAACCGCGAGAAACAUCUUCACUUUUUUCCAAACCGUGUACAUUAUUAUCUCAUCCAUUAUAUCGCCUUCGACCACAAAUACAUCCAUACGCGCCAAUGGCCCAUAAACUAACCCGCUCACUGACGCUGCUGACUCUCCUCGGCGUCGCCCUCUUCUACUACUGGUCGUCGCCUCCUUCAGACAACGUCAGCGUCCGCCUCCUCCAGGACGGGCAACUCCUCGACCUCGACCUCUCCAACGCCCAGAUGCACGACAUCCUGCAGCACACGGAGGGCCUCCAGCACAUCACGCAGAAGGACCUGACCUCCUCCUCACGACGCCCCGAACUCCAGAACAGGACCCGGAAUGACCUGCAGGAUUUCGUGGUGAUCAACAACAAGGUUUAUGCCAAGGGCGACCCGCUGCCGAAGAAGAAGCUCAAGAUCCCCGUGCUGAAGCCGACGACGGGGCGGUCGCUCAGGAGGAUGGACUUCGCCAGGUUCAAGGGAGAGGAGAGGAAGUUCAUGGAAGGGCGUCGCAAAGAAUUCCUGGACAGAGCAUCGCGUCUCAGCUCCAUGUGCAAGGCGAGAUCGAUGCUCAUUGUGUCCAAGCCCGUGAAUCUUGUUUGGGACCUCAAGCAUCAGCCCGGCGUGGUGUGGUGCCCGAACCUUCAGACCACCUCGUCAUCUGCCCUUCUGAAGUCCCUGCGGCCACCCCGCGUUAACGAGGAUCAGCCAGAGGACGUGGGCGGAGACGGUGACGAAGGCGAGGGCGAAGGGGAGGGCGAAGGGGAAGGGAGGAGUCGCAACAAGAGGAAGACAAAACGACCCAGUGUUUUCAGCGCCUACCCUCCUCCGGACGACCAGGACGACCUUAACCGCGCCUUCAGGAGUGCUGUGAGAGUCAUUAGCGUCAGACAUCCCUUCGUCAGCCUGCUCUCCAUCUACCGGGACAAACUAAGCAAACUGAACCUGAAGCCGAACAAAGCCCGCUUCAUGGAGCUUCAGACGAGGAUCAUUUCACGAUAUCGACCCACCAACAGUACCGAAUCCUCUCCUUCCCCGACGUUUGAGGAGUUCGUGAUGUACGUCGUCGACCUCACGAAGGAUUUCAAGACCGCCGAGGACUGGGAGGGGACGGACCACUCCCUGACCCCCCUGUGGCUGCAGUGCAACGUGUGCGGCAGCGACUACACCCUCGUCCUCAAGAUGGAGACCCUGGCCGAGGACGAGCGCUUCCUCGCCCUCUUGGCCGACUACGAAGGGUUGAAGGAGCCUGGCCCCCACGAGGAACAGCCUGAGGAACCCGUCCCGCAGGAAUUCUCACAACUCAACUACCAGCUCUUACAGCAGCUUCACCAGCGGUACCUCCUCGACUUCCAGCUCUUCGGGUACAAAGUAGACCAGAGAUACUUUGAUAUAGCAAGAAGCACAUAGGUGUUCGUGAAAUUUGAAGGCACAGAAAGCGUAUAUACAGGAUCUUGUGCUUAGAGUUUAUUGUUCUAUGGUAUAAAGUUUUACUGCGUGGCUAUAUUUGUCAACAGUUCGACAUUGUUAAUGUAGGUCUAGCAUAUAUAUCCGUACAAUUAUUAUUUUUUCUUCUUCACAAAGUAAUCCCUGCUGUAACCGAAGCGGUCUUUUUUAUAUAAUAUGCAGAGUGAUCAAACACAGUAGAAUGAUAUUGAUGAUAAUGAUACUACUACUAAAAAUUAUUAUUUAAACAGUGAUUGAUUAACUGUCCCUUCAAAGUCCAAAACACGAGCUAACUUUGCUGAACAGUUAAUCCAGGAAAACAGUGUGUAUGUGCACCUGUAUGUGUAAGUGUAUGAAUACAUUUUUUUCUGUGUUCACAUAUGCUCGUUUGCUUAUCUACAGUAUAUGUGUAAGCACAUGAUGUAAACAAUU